AUGUUCCGCAUCUCCCCCAGCCUCUGGGAGCGCAUCCACCACUUUGCCUCCUUCCCCCAGACCGGAGUCUCCCUCCAGCAGAUGGUCCUCUUCGGCCAGAACCCUAGCCAGGGCACCCUCCUCCGCGGCAGCCAGUUCCUCCUCGAGGAGCUCCCCGUCCGUCUCGCCCACCGGGUCAAGGAGCUCGACCAACUCCCCCACAGCCUGAGCGACGUGCCCUCGAUCAAGAAGGUCAAGAACUGGUACGCUCAGUCGUUCGAGGAGCUCAUCUCCUUCCCCCCUAUCCGCCUCCCCCCGGACCUCCGUGCAGCCCUCAUCGCGCCCCCCGCCGACUCCGUCGUCCUCCCAGAGUCCCACCCGAACCCGUCGCUCCAGUACCAGUACUACUCGGACGACUACGCCGACCCCUCCUCCUCCCUUGGCAUCGUCUCCACCCCCAAGAACGGCUCCGGUCGCUCCGCCGGGAACAGCCAGAAGAUGCGGAUUCCCAUGGAACGAAGAUACUAUGCCAACACGUCCCACGUCAAGGUCUGGCCGCCCGAGGUGCGCGAGUACAACCGCGCGUUCACCAACGCGCUCGAGGCCAUCAAGAAGCGCCACGACCCGACGGUGACCACCGUCGCCCAGGGUGUGCUCGAGUGGAAGCGGAGCCAGAACGCGCGCAACAUCAACCUCGACGUCCAGCACUGGCUCGACCGCUUCUACAUGUCCCGCAUCGGCAUCCGCUUUCUCAUCGGCCAGCACAUCGCGCUCAACACGCUCCAACCGCACCCAGACUAUGUCGGCAUCAUCUGCACGAGCGCUAGCGUGCACGACAUCGUCCACGAAGCGAUUGAGAACGCGAGAUUCGUGUGCGAGGAGCACUACUCGAUGUUCAAGGGCCCGCCGGUGCAGCUGAUCUGCCCCAAAGACCUGCACUUCCCGUACGUGCCCGGGCACCUGUCGCACAUCUGCUUCGAGCUCCUGAAGAACUCCCUCCGCGCCGUCGUCGAGCGGUACGGGCCCGAGCACGAGGGCGCGUUCCCGCCGAUCAAGGUCAUCGUCGUCGAGGGCAAGGAGGACAUCACGAUCAAGAUCUCGGACGAGGGCGGGGGCAUCGCCCGCUCCGCCGUGCCCCUCAUCUGGACGUACAUGUACACCACGAUGGAGGGCCAGAACAUCGACCAGGACUUUGACGCCUCCGACUUCAAGGCGCCGAUGGCCGGCUUCGGCUACGGCCUGCCGCUGUCCAGACUGUACGCGCGGUACUUUGGCGGGGAUCUCCGCCUGAUUUCGAUGGACGGCUUCGGGACGGACGUGUACAUCCACCUCAACCGCCUCUCCAGCAACCGGGAGCCGUUGCCGUGA